AUGAAUGACGCUGCUGGUGUUGACUUGGAGAGACAGCAGAAAUUGAAGAGAAGUAUUCCAGUCAAACCAGCUAGAAUAAAUGAGAGGCAAACAGAGAUAUCUAUUGACCAGUCGCAAACAGACAUGAAUCAGCUACCUGGACUGAGUGCUUCAGCCAAGGCCAAUGUCAAAAGUCAAAAGAUAACAGCUGUGAAAAGCCAAAUGGAAACCGAGUUGAUGGAUGCAGUAAAGCAACUGAGAGAAGAGGUAGCUGAGCUGAGGAAGAAUGUCCAGCAGUUACCACGAGCACCUAAUCAGUUCCAACCCAGAACCAGACGGGCAUGCAGAGGAUGUCAAGAGAAGGGUGAUGAGGAGCAAUGUGACCACUGCUUCAAAUGCGGCCUCGCUGGACAUCUCUCAAGGGGCUGUAAAGCUCAAACGAACUCAAAAGGUCAAAGUAGUACAGUGAACAUCGCUGGCCAAACCAUAGGCGGCACGUCUGCUAUUCACAAACCACUGAAUGAGUCACGAGACACCCAGGCUAUCUUCAGGGAAAGCACUGACCAGUUAGAAGAGAGACUGCUGGCAGAAGGAGUAAGACCAGGUGGGAGUCUUGCAAGGUCUGUGUAUGUCAGCCACAUCUCCCCCCGCCAUUACUCUCAGCUGUUAUGUCUCAUUGGGGAGAAGUGCAUGGUGAAUUGCUAUCUCGACGGUGUCAAGACUUGGGCCUUAUGGGACACUGGAUCGCAAGUUUGCCUCAUCAGUGAAGCAUGGAGGAAGAAAUGUAUUCCAAAGGUGAGAGUUCGGAACACUGAAGAGCUGCUUGGCCCUGGCGCUCUGGUGGGGAAAGCCGUCAACCAGACAGACAUCCUUUUCCAAGGAUGGGUGGAAGUAACAUUCCAGCUAGAGCCAUCACAAGCCCCACAGUUCAUGCUUCAGGUACCCAUGCUGGUAACAGAUGAGAAGGGGGCAGCAGAAGAGCCUAUCAUUGGCUACAAUGUUAUUGAACAGCUGUUAAAGAGUGGGGUGGACCAUCCACAGGAAGCAGUAACACAGGCUGUUAGCACAGCUUUCUCUUUUGACUGUAAGAAGACUGAAAUGUUUGUGAGAAUGAUUAAAGACAGUGACCCUGAAUGUAGCGAUGGUGUGGUGAGAAUGGGAAGGCAGAAGGAGGUGAUUCCGGCUGGCCAGGUGAGAAGCGUGAAGUGCUCGGUGAGGACAGGGCAUCUGCUAUCCAGCCAAGAAGCGCUUUUCAUGCCUGACGAACAUGCCCCUUGGCCAGAUGGUCUGAGUAUGACCGAGAGCAUGAUAACUCUGAGUAAAGGGGCAUAUUCUUGCUUAACACUGCCUGUCGCCAAUGACACCGGCCAUGACAUCACACUGAGCCCAUGUACAGUGCUAGGGCAGGUCCAGCAAGUCAAGGCUGUUUAUUCAGCAGAAGCCAAGCCAGUUGUUGCCCCACCAGCUUCUCCAGUGGCACCCACAGAGGUCGAUGGAGAGAAACGUGAACCUGCUGAAAAGGCGUUGGAUGACAAGGACAGGUAUGAUCCACCUAUAGCAUUGACUCACCUCCCCCUUGCUCAGCAACACAAAGUGAAACAGAUGUUGAGGGAAGAGUGCCAAGCAUUCGCCAGAGAUGAGGAGGAUGUAGGAUGCAUCCCUUCCCUGCAACUGAAAAUCAGACUGACAGAUCCAACACCGGUAAGACAAGACGGGACCAUUCGUCUGUGUUAUGAUUACAGAGAGCUCAACAAGAAGUCUCUGCCUGAUCACCAUCCUAUCCCGUGCAUUCAAGACAUGCUUGACAGCUUACAUGGUAGUGCCUGGUUUUCAGUGUUAGAUCAAGGAAAGGCCUACCAUCAAGGCUUUAUGGAAGAGAGUAGCAAGCCCCUCACUGCCUUUAUAAUGCCCUGGGGACUGUACGACUGGAUACAAGUUCCAUUUGGCCUAUUUGCCACUCCCUCCGAAUUCCAGCAGAGCAUGGAGGAGUGUCUGGUCAGCCUUCGGGAUGAAAUCUGUCAGCCUUAUAUGGAUGACAAUCUCAUACACAGCCAAACCUUCGAAACUCACCUGAGAGAUGUGAGAAAAGUGCUUCAACGUUAUCAGCAACAUGGGGUGAAAUUGACUGCCAAGAAGUGUGAACUCUUCAAAAAUAAGAUCAGGUUUUUGGGAAAAAUUGUAACAAAAGAAGGCUACACCAUGGAUCUGGCAGAGGUAGCCCCAGUCCAAGAUAUGAAGCAAUGGAAACCAGCUACUGUGGGUGAGUUGAGAAAAUUACUUGGGUUCAUCUCAUACUACAGAGCAUAUAUCCUAAAUUUCUCUCGCAUUGCCAAACCUCUUUAUGCCCUGUUGUGCUAUGAAGGGUCGAACAAUGAUGCCUUGAAAGAUAACAAGAAGCAGAAAGCUGUGGCAAGAAAGAAAAAGCAAAGCCAGGUGCCCUCACAUCAGCAUAUCUUAUGGACAGAUGAGCAUAGGACAGUACUUUGUCAGCUGAUUGACCACCUCUCUAGGCCUCCUGUCCUGAGCUACCCAAACUUUGAAGAGCCGUUCAUCCUGCAUUGUGAUGCAUCUCAAGAGGGACUUGGGGCAGUGCUUUAUCAAAGACAGGGAGGAAAGUUAAGGGUCAUUGCUUAUGGGUCCCGCACUCUCUCUGCUCCAGAGAAGAAUUACCAUCUACACUCUGGUAAGCUAGAGUUUUUAGCAAUGAAAUGGGCCAUAUGUGAACGGUUUAGGGACUAUUUGUAUUAUGCUCCAUCCUUCAUAGUCUAUACAGGUAAUAACCCUCUCACAUAUGCGCUAACCACUGCUAAACUGAAUGCAACAAUGUUGAGAUGGAUAGCUGAACUGGCAGAUUUCAGUUUUACAAUUAAGUACAGUCCAGGGAAGUCUAAUUCUGAUGCUGAUGGGUUAUCAAGGAUGCCCCUUGACAUAGAGAAGUACAUGCUCACCUGUUCCCAACAGAUCCAGCCUGACAUCUUGUCCAGUUUCUCGAAAGGGUUGUCCAUCCACCAGAAGGAGGGAGAGCCACUGCUGUGUCCACUGACCAUCACAACAGCAAUCGCAGAGCUGAGGAGUGAACCACAGAUUGACACAGUGAGGGAGAUCUCCCCUGAAGACCUGAGGGCUGCUCAAGAGGAGGAUCCAUUGUUGCAGCAGGUGAAGCAGUGUGUUGCCCAACAACAGUGGCCAAGGAUCAAGGAUGUACACAGUGAGUUGUUUGUUUUUGCUCAGGAGAAAGCCAAACUGUUGUGUGAUGCUGGUGGUGUUCUCCAGUGGCAGACAUCUACACAAACACAACUAGUGGUGCCACCAAAGUUUCGCCCACUGAUCCUGAAUCAGAUGCAUGAAGAAAUGGAAGACUUAGGUGGUGUUGGUGCUGUGGAGCUCACUCAGUCAGCCUCUGUGCUCGUGAAACCUGGAGAGUCGUUCUCCGUCUCUUGUAAGGUCUCUGAGUCGAGCUAUUGUAUUCACUGGAUACAACAGCCUGCUGGGAAAGCUCUGGAAUAUUUUGGCGAGCUGUGUAGCAAUGGCGUUACGACUCUCAAAGAUACAGUGAAAAGCAAGAUCAGUUUCAGCCAGGACACAUCCAGCAGCACAGUUUAUUUAAGAGGACAAAACUCUCAGACCGAGGACACGGCUGUGUAUUACUGCGCCAGAGACACGGGUGACUACGGUUUUGACUACUGGGGAAAGGGAACGACGGUCACCGUUACUUCUGCAGUGCCAAGCGCGCCGAAGUCCCUGUUUCCCGUGUGGCAGUGCGGCUCGUCCCCGGACGGUUACGUCACUCUGGGCUGCAUCACGAGCGAUUUGGCCACCGCCGACGGACUGAGCUUCAAAUGGACGGAUGCGAGCGGGAGCGCGCUGACUGACUUCGUGCAAUACCCGGCGGUGCGCGCGACCGGAGGCUUCACCUCGGUGAGCAACGCGCGCGUCAAGGCUGCCGACUGGGACCAGAGCAAGAAGUUCACGUGCCAAGUGGAAAAUAGCCUCGGUUCCAAAGAAGCGACCUUACAAAAGAAAACUCAGCCUGUGACUGAGCCCAACAUCACCAUCAGCAUCACGACAGCAGACGACAUCGUUCGUCUGCUUUGUUGGUUGGAUGGUUUUCGUCCAAAAAAAGUGAAUGUUGAGUGGUACAAGGGUGAGGAGCUGCUCCGAGAGAAAUCGACCCUGAAAGUAUUCGAAGCUUCCAGCAAAGGAGAAAAGAUGUUUGCUGCACUCUGUGAACUCAGCAUUAAUACAGAGCAAUGGAACGAAGGGACAGAGUUCACCUGUCAGGCCACACACAAUUCCAAGACCUUCAAACAAACAUGGAGCAAGUGUAAAGCUCAUCCGACAUCCAAACCGCUGAUACGUCUGGAGAAACCUCGUCUCGUGUCAGUAUUGACAGAUUCAGAAAUAACAGUCUCCUGUGUUGUUGAGACUAUGUUCAACACCCAAGUGUCAUGGCUUGUAGACGGAAAGAAAAAGAAGGACAAGACGAGCACAAAAGAGACGAGACUGGGCAAGACGGUCAGCAAUCUGACCAUCUCUACAGCAGACUGGAAAACCGUGCAGAAAAUCACAUGCAUCGCUAAACAUCCAUGUUUCAACAAAGUAGAGGAGACGAUCGAUACUACAGAACCUGUGCAGAAAACUCCGACAGUGGUGAUCAGGAGGAUCCUUACAGACGGAGAGAAGGGAGACAGCGCGGUGCUGGUGUGUGCCGCAAGAGAUCUGCCCUCUGGUGAGCUCGCCAUCACCCUCCAGGCCAACGAAGCCAAGCUCUCUGAUGCUCAGUAUGUGGACCUGCCCAAAGGCCAGGACACUCUGACUGCACGUUUCACUGUUUCCAAAACGACACAAUCCAAAGACCAACGUUACACCUGUCAGAUUCAGCAAAGCAGUACCAAUAAGUGGGAGUCCAAUUCUACAGGAAACAUUUUUGGUGACCCUUCAGUGGAACUUUCAGUUGUUUCCACUGUGGAUAAAUCUGCAUCGAAGACACAAAAACUUCUUUGCUCUGGAACUGGACUUAACCCAAAGAUCAAGUGGCUCCCCAAAUCUGUGCUGAAUGAUCUCCGUGAAGUAACGGUGCAAGCAGACGGGCGUGUGAAAGUGUCCAGCGAGAUAUCGCUUCCACAGCAGGAGUGGAAUAAUGGAGGGGAAUUUACGUGUGAGGUCAGCGAUCAGGAUCACAAACCUGUUCAGAAGAGCACCAGUGUCUGUGCAGUGACUCCAGCUUCUGCUCUGAUGGCACAGGUUUACCUGUUGGGUCCCUCCAUAAGUGAUACGAGAGCCAAGGAUUUGGUCCCCGUCACCUGUCUGCUGUUGGGCCGCAGGCUCAAGGACUUCUCCAUUAUUUGGAAAGUAGGAAAGGACAAUUACUCUCAGAAUGCGAUCACACCAACUCCUAAAGAGCACAGCAACGGAACACAGAGCAUCCAAAGUAUUCUCAAUGUUCCGGCUGCAGAGUGGGAAAAAGACACAACUGUUUCCUGUGAGGUGAAACACCUCUGUUCCAAGAACGCACAGCAACAUGACAUCUCGAAAACCAGAGCUCAGCCUGUGACUGAGCCCAACAUCACCAUCAGCAUCACGACAGCAGACAACAUCGUUCAUCUGCUUUGUUGGUUGGAUGGUUUUCAUCCAAAAGAAGUGAAAGUCGAGUGGUACAAGGGUGAGGAGCUACUCCGAGGGAAAUCGACCCUGAAAGUAUUCGAAGCUUCCAGCAAAGGAGAAAAGAUGUUCGCUGCACUCCGUGAACUCAGCAUUAAUACAGGGCAAUGGAAUGAAGGGACAGAGUUCACCUGUCAGGCCACACACAAUUCCAAGACCUUCAAACAAACAUGGAGCAAAUGUAAAGCUCAUCCGACAUCCAAACCGCUGAUACGUCUGGAGAAACCUCGUCUCGUGUCAGUAUUGACAGAUUCAGAAAUAACAGUCUCCUGUGUUGUUGAGACUAUGUUCAACACCCAAGUGUCAUGGCUUGUAGACGGAAAGGAAAAGAAGGACACGACGAGCACAGAAGCGAUGAGACUGGGCAAGACAGUCAGCAAUCUGACCAUCUCUACAGCAGACUGGAAAACCAUGCAGAAAAUCACAUGCAUCGCUAAACAUCCAUGUUUCAACAAAGUAGAGGAGACGAUCGAUACUACAGAACCUGUGCAGAAAACUCCAACAGUGGUGAUCAGGAGGAUCCUUACAGACGGAGAGAAGGGAGACAGCGCGGUGCUGGUGUGUGCCGCAAGAGAUCUGCCCUCUGGUGAGCUGGCCGUCACCCUCCAGGCCAAUGAAGCCAAGCUCUCUGAUACUCAGUAUGUGGACCUGCCCAAAGGUCAGGACACUCUGACUGCACGUUUCACUGUUUCCAAAACGACACGAUCCAAAGACCAACGUUACACCUGUCAGAUUCAGCAAAGCAGUACCAAUAAGUGGGAGUCCAAUUCUACAGGAAACAUUUUUGGUGACCCUUCAGUGGAACUUUCAGUUGUUUCCACUGUGGAUAAAUCUGCAUCGAAGACACAAAAACUUCUUUGCUCUGGAACUGGACUUAACCCAAAGAUCAAAUGGCUCCCCAAGUCUGUGCUGAAUGAUCUCCGUGAAGUAACGGUGCAAGCAGACGGGCGUGUGAAAGUGUCCAGCGAGAUAUCGCUUCCACAGCAGGAGUGGAAUAAUGGAGGGGAAUUUACAUGUGAGGUCAGCGAUCAGGAUCACAAACCUGUUCAGAAGAGCACCAGUGUCUGUGCAGUGACUCCAGCUUCUGCUCCGAUGGCACAGGUUUACCUGUUGGGUCCCUCCAUCAGUGAUAUGAGAACCAAGGAUUUGGUCCCCGUCACCUGUCUGCUGUUGGGCCGCAGGCUCAAGGACUUCUCCAUUAUUUGGAAAGUAGGAAAGGACAAUUACUCUCAGAAUGCGACCACACAAACUCCUAAAGAGCACAGCAAUGGAACACAGAGCGUCCAAAGUGUUCUCAACAUUCCGGCUGCAGAGUGGGAAAAAGACACAACUGUUUCCUGUGAGGUGAAACAUCUCUGUUCCAAGAACGCACAGCAACACAACAUCUCAAAAACCAGAGCCUCUGUGAACGAACAUCCUCCCUCUGUGGAGCUGCUGCAGGGUCGAGAUGAGCUGGUGUGUCUGGUGUACGGUUUCAGCCCGUCAGCCAUUAACAUCACCUGGCUCCUGAACAGUGUGAGCGUACAGCGUGAGGACAACACCAGCAGCUCUGCCAAAGGGCCUGAUGGGAAAUUCAGCCUUAAAAGCCACCUGAAUGUCCAGGCCGCUGAAUGGGCACCUGGAGCCACAUACACAUGCCAUGUCAGGCACGUCACUGGCACCAUCAAUCGCAGCAUCUCCAAAACAGAAUUUAUUGAAGAGACGAUAUACUUUGAUGAGAACAAGUCUGAAACUAGCACACUGGAUCAGGCUGAGGAAACCUGGAACAUGGCCUGUGCCUUCAUCAUCCUCUUUGUCAUCUCUCUCGUCUAUGGAUGUUCAAUGACUCUGGUCAAAGUGAAGACGGCAUGAUCAGCUCUUUCGGGCGUCUUUUAGACUCGCGUUUAAUCCUUACAUUAUGUCAUGCUUUAUUGCUGUAUUGUUGUACUUGUAUGAAUCUUUUUAAUCUCUAAAUUGAUAGAUGCAAGUGAGUAAAAGGAAAAUAAAGAAGGAAAAAAAUGAA